UUAUAAACAUAUAUUUUUUCAAAUUUUUUGUAAACAAUUUUUUUAAUUGCGGCCUUUGAAUAUAAUGAUUUCUUCUAAAAAGGAAAGGAUCAUGUGCAUGCAACACUGUAGUUCAAGCCUGAGUAUAUUUUUCGUCGAUUUUCCACCUCGUUGUCCUGUAUGCAGUGUAGAACUAAAGAGCUGUCAGCUUAUUAUUCCACCAUUUUGUCUUCCUUGUCCAUUUUCGUCAAGUCAUGAUCCGUCAUCACGAUGUUCUGUACUGAUUAGACCUACUAAAGGAGAUUUCUUAAGAGAUUAUGUGAAUGGGGACAAUCUUCAUAUCGGCAUCGCUAAUUCAAGAGGAUUCAUAUAUAAUUAUGACGAGAGGGGGUUGGUGAUGGAUGACAAUAACUGGGAUCAAUGUGCAAGACUAGACAUAACAUGUCAUGAAGCAGGGAUUUGGGAUUCUGUCCUUGACGCAAGCUGUCAUUCAGAUUGCUGGAYAUUAGCAAGAUACGAUGAAGAUUCAUAUAACUGUUAUACCUACGUUCUGAAAAUGCUUAGUAACAUUCAAAACCAAAACUGUAAUCAGGAUUAUAAGGAAUAUGAUAAAGAGGAGUUUUGUAGACUUUACAUAAUACCAGUGACAACUAGAAUAGCUAAAUACAUUGACUUGUUUAGAAAUAUUGAUACCAAGGGAACAGUUGUUCAGCAGAAAGUCCUCAAAUAGGAAGAAAUCCUUCAUAAAUUAAAGUUACUCAGUUAACCAAGAA